GGACCAGGCAGAGACAUGGGUUAGGAGAAUGGUAGAGAAGGGUGUUUCCCCGACUGUGGAAACCUAUAACUUAUUGAUUAAUGGUUAUGGCCAGAGGGGCCAUUUUGUCAGGUGUUUUGAGUUUCUUGAUGAAAUGGACAAGGCAGGGAUAAAGCCUAAUGUCAUCAGCCAUGGUUCUCUAAUAAAUUGUCUUUGCAAAGAUCGUAAACUUAUUGAUGCUGAGAUUGUGCUUGCAGAUAUGAUAGGUCGUGGGGUUUCUCCGAAUGCAGAAAGAUAUAAUAUGCUCAUUGAAGCUAGUUGCUCAUUGAGUAAAUUGAAAGAUGCUUUCAGAUUUUUUGAUGAAAUGAUACAAAGUGGAAUAGACGCAACUCUUGUGACUCACAAUACUUUGAUAAAUGGACUCGGAAGAAAUGGAAGAGUAAAGGAAGCUGAGGAUUUGUUUCUCCAAAUGGCAGGCAAGGGAUGUAACCCGGAUGUAAUAACAUACCAUUCUCUGAUCUCAGGAUAUGCCAAGUCAGUAAACACCCAGAAAUGCCUUGAAUGGUAUGAUAAGAUGAAGAUGCUAGGCAUAAAACCUACAGUUGGGACUUUUCACCCUUUGAUCUGUGCAUGCAGGAAGGAAGGCGUAGUGAAAAUGGAGAAAAUGUUUCAAGAAAUGUUACAAAUGGAUUUAGUCCCAGAUCAAUUUGUAUAUAAUGAAAUGAUUUACAGUUAUGCUGAAGAUGGAAAUGUUCCUAAGGCAAUGUCUUUGCACCAGCAGAUGGUUGAUCAGGGAGUUGAUUCCGACAAGGUGACUUACAACUGCUUGAUUCUAGCAUAUCUUAGAGAUAGAAGGGUUUCUGAAACGAAGCAUCUUGUUGAUGAUAUGAAGGCUAAAGGACUGGUUCCAAAAGUUGAUACUUAUAACAUUCUGGUUAAGGGGCAUUGUGACUUAAAAGAUUUCAAUGGUGCAUACUUUUGGUAUAGGGAAAUGGUAGACGGGGGUUUGCUUUUAAAUGCCAGUAUGUGCUACCAGCUAAUUUCCGGGCUAAGAGAGGAGGGAAUGCUGCGAGAGGCUCAAAUUGUAUCCUCAGAAUUGAGCAGUAGAGGACUGAAUAACUAGAAAAAUGCCAAGGUAAAAUCCUUGCCCCAUUGUUCAGUGCAUAUGAUUGGAAAAUAAGGACAGGUGCCUAAUAACACAGGGCAUGUGGUAUAUGUUUGUUCUACAUUAUCAAACAUCACUUUUUGUUGAUGUUACGUCUAAAUGGGGGUUGUUAACCCUUUGGAGGGGAGACGAAAGUCAGAUUCCCAGAGAAGACGAAGUUAAUACAAGCUCAAAAUGUGCAGGAAUAUGUUUGAGGGAGGUUUUCAUGAGUAUCAACUUCAAAGAAAUAUCGUAGGUCUCCAUCACCUGCAUCUCCUAGCUGGAUGUCAUUGUUGAUGGCUGUUUGUAAGGCUGAAAUUCAACCUUUAUUUGCCAAAAAGAAACAAACGGUAUUAAAUUUUCAGCGCAUACACGAGGGAUGGUGUCGCAAUCUUGUCCGAAUAUGACAAAGAUCAAAGGAAAAUGCCAGAAGUUUCAGCAUCAAAGAAUAAUUCCAGACUUAUGUUUCACAUAUCCUGCCUCUUUUGCGUAGUGAAACGGCGUUCAAUUUUGUUGUGGUGAUUACUUCAGUAACUUUGUAAGGGUGAUAGUCGAAUUGCACAACAAAUUUAGCAUGAGGUUGGUAGACCUGCUGAAAAGCUUUCGAGUGUGCUUAUUGCUGGAGGUUAGGGUGUCUUGUAAACAUUAAUACUAGCAGAGUGAUUUGUGGGUAAAUUGUAUUGAAUAAUCUUUGAUUUAAAUAAAUUAUAUGUAUAUCCAACAAUCAAAGUAUUCUAAGAUUCUUUGAGAACCACAAAUAGAUCGUUUUUUGGUUA